GAGACGACGAAACCGAGGGCCAGUGCCAGUGUAAGAGGCGCACGAAAGUCUGGUUCUGGCUGCACAGGACUGGAGUUUAGUUGGCACUAGUACGCCUCAAGGCUCGCACACACGUCGACGGGUUUGGCAGUACACGGGUUAGACUAAGGCGAAAAUAAAGGGCUUUCGCAGCGUGUCGAUUCGCGAGCGAGAUUUCGCGGCUACUUGGCCACUGCCGUUGUUAUUGUUGUUUCUGUCGCUGUUGUCUUCGCGUUCAUCGGAGGGUUUUGUUUCGCCCCUUUGGUUCCGCGCUGUGUUUUGCGAUUUUUUGCGGCAGUCGCGCGCGGCCAUAUGCAUUCCGGUGCAGUUCCAUCCUGGUGCUACUGGUGCACGUAAGCAUAUCGAACCCGACGAAGCCUUGCCAGUUGACUGUUUUAUAUUUUUUUGGUUCUUCGGUUCACUCCUGGCGUUUCCAUUUGUUACCGUUUUGGUGAGAAAAUUGAUUUUUUGUUGCUGCAUUCCGUAGACGAAUUGUUGUUCCGUCGUAACCGUGUCGAAUGUGUGAAGCGGAAAACAUGUUAUGACCUAGUGCAAGAGGUUUCGGGAUGAUUUGAAGAGAGGAAGAAAAAGAAUAAAAGUUUUACGUACUUCGACAGCCAACGAAAACAGAAAAAAGAUCAAAACAGUCUCAAAAUUGAUACCUCAAAUUUUCACCCUCUGAGUGGUGGUGUCACAGGGGGAGAAAGUUGUACUAAUCGGAUAGUUCCGAGAGUGAUUGCUGCCGGUGACAGUCGGGUGUGCUCCGGUACUAGUGAAUUUCAUCGCCAGCUGGCAACGGCGGCGAUGCUGUUGGGAACGCAGAACCCGGCUGCGAUGGCAGCUGCGGCGGCGGCUGCUGCUGCCGCUGCCGCACUGGCCGCGGCCAAAGGAUCACCGGAUGGAACCGUUGCGGGAUCCGGUCCGGCCAGUGGAGCAACAGACUUUUCGAUAGCGGCCAUCAUGGCACGUGGAGCGGCGGCCGCAGCCGCUGCUGGUAGAGUUAAUGGCAGUCCCGGCGGCGGUGGCGGCGGAAGCUCUAGUCAGGAACCGUCGGAGAGGAGUAUAAGUCCAAUCUCGAUCGAUCGUUUCCCCGAGGGCGAUGACGAUGUGGACGUCGAUGUAGAGCAAUGCAGCGACUCGGAGACGCCCUCACGUGGCUUUAAUCGGGCCAACAAUUCGCGGACUACCGGAACGCCAACAAGUCCGUCGGACGAGGAGCGAUCAACACCGGAACCUUCCUCGCUUAAAAGUAAAAUCACCGGCAGCUGUAACUCGGACGAUCUGCGACCGGUGCAGUGUCACCUGGAAACGAAAGAACUUUGGGACAAAUUCCACGACCUGGGCACCGAGAUGAUCAUCACUAAAACCGGGCGACGAAUGUUUCCGACGGUACGAGUCUCCUUUUCAGGUCCACUCAGGCAGGCCAGCCCAGCCGAUCGGUACGUGGUCCUGUUGGACAUCGUUCCAAUGGAUAACCGUCGCUACCGGUAUGCUUACCAUAGGUCCUCCUGGUUGGUGGCAGGCAAAGCGGAUCCCCCGCCACCACCCCGGCUGUAUGCCCACCCGGACACUCCACUAGGGGCGGAGGCGCUACGCAAGCAGGUCAUCUCCUUCGAGAAGGUUAAACUGACGAACAACGAGAUGGACAAGAGCGGCCAAGUAAGUAUUGUCCUCAAUUCAAUGCACCGCUACCAACCCCGAAUUCAUCUGGUUCGCCUGGGGCCAGGCCAGCAGGUCCCGUCCUGCCCGCGGGAACUGCUGGACGUUGACCACAAAACGUUCGUCUAUCCGGAAACGGUGUUCACGGCUGUGACCGCCUACCAGAAUCAACUCAUCACCAAGCUGAAGAUUGAUUCCAACCCAUUCGCCAAGGGAUUCCGGGACUCGUCCCGACUGACGGACUUUGACAGUUUCCCAAGCAUGGAUCCUAUGGAUGCUCUUUUGCUCGAGCAACACCUCCGAGCUCCGUUACGUCUUUUCCACGAUCCUCUGCUAGCGCAAUUCGCCGUCGGCCCAAGCCAGGAUAUGGAUGGAGCCCAAGCGGCGCUGAUCGAGAAGGCGCGUCAGCAUUUGCAGAUGUGGGGUCGAUCGCCGUACAGUGAUCUGCUGCUGCCACAAAUUUACCAGCGGCCCCCGCAAAUGAAUCUGGGAAGCCUCUGGCAAAGCCAGUGGGCUCCCCAGAUUCCGCCAUCAUUCCUUCAGAAUGCUGCAGCAGCAGCCGUUGCCGUUUCGCAGGCGUCCACGCCGCCACCUCCACCGGUUUCGACACCGUCCAGUUCCGGUUCACCGUCGCCGUCGGAAAUGCGGGCGAAACACUUCGCCCGUUUCAGUCCCUACCAGCUGCCGCCUCAACAUUCGAUACCCCCAAGCCACACCCAUCCGUCUCCUUCGGCCCGAAGUCCUUCCAACUAGAUGGUGGGGUGAAAAUUGGAGCGAGAAAAACUUGCGUUUUUUUCUGUACAGUUGUAAAUAUACCACAGCGUCGGUAAACCGUUAUUUAUUUGCUUGCACGAAAAAUUUUGUUAAACAUUGUUGAUUCCAUCGCUGAAGUGUAACUUGCAUCGAAUAUAGAUUUUUUUCAUAGUGUAGCUAAAUACAAACCAGUGUAAUGUAUGAAAAUUAAACCUAGGAGUGUUCGGUCCUGUCACUUCACUCACAGGUCUAAGUGAAUCAAACGAAUUUGUCAAUUGUAAAUGAAUAUGCAAUAAAUUCCACAUGAGUU